AUGCUCCAAGUGUGUGGUUUGAGGAGCGCCUACGGCCUGCUCCCUCUGAAUGGGCGUGGGGGGGUCUGUCCAGCAUUAUCUCAGUUACUUGGGCGUUUCUUUACUCCCGUGGUUCUGUUUCCUAGGUGCCUGAAGUGUGCAGACGCCCCGUGCCAGAAGAGCUGCCCCACGAAUCUAGACAUCAAGUCAUUCAUCACAAGCAUCGCAAACAAGAACUACUAUGGAGCUGCCAAGAUGAUCUUUUCCGACAACCCGCUGGGACUGACCUGCGGGAUGGUGUGCCCCACCUCGGAUCUCUGCGUGGGCGGCUGCAAUCUGUACGCCACGGAAGAGGGGCCCAUCAACAUCGGCGGGCUGCAGCAGUUUGCCACUGAGGUGUUCAAGGCGAUGAACAUCCCCCAGAUCAGGAACCCGGCUCUGCCCCCGCCCGAGGAGAUGCCCGAGGCCUACUCUGCGAAGAUCGCUCUGCUGGGGGCCGGGCCUGCCAGCGUCAGCUGCGCCUCCUUUCUGGCGCGGCUGGGGUACUCCGACAUCACUGUGUUUGAGAAACAGGAGUACGUCGGCGGCUUAAGCUCUUCUGAGAUCCCUCAGUUCCGGCUGCCAUUCGAUGUAGUGAAUUUCGAGGUCGAGCUCAUGAAGGACCUCGGCGUGAAGAUAGUUUGCGGUAAAAGCCUUUCCGUGAACGACAUCACUCUUCAGACUCUGAAAGCACAGGGGUACAAGGCCGCUUUCAUCGGCAUUGGCCUGCCGGAGCCCAACAAGGACCCCGUCUUCGAGGGCCUGACGCAGGAGCAGGGCUUCUACACGUCCAAAGACUUCUUGCCGCUCGUGGCCAAGGCCAGCAAACCAGGAAUGUGCGGCUGUCGCUCGCCGCUGCCGUCCGUCCGGGGAACGGUGAUCGUCCUGGGAGCCGGGGACACCGCCUUCGACUGCGCCACGUCCGCGCUGCGCUGCGGCGCCCGCCGCGUCUUCGUGGUCUUCCGGAAAGGCUUCGUGAACAUCAGGGCCGUCCCCGAGGAGAUGGAGCUGGCUAAGGAAGAGAAGUGCGAAUUCCUGCCUUUCCUGUCCCCGCGGAAGGUGGUGGUCAAAGGCGGGAAAAUCGUGGCCAUGCAGUUUGUUCGGACGGAGCAGGACGAAGCCGGGAACUGGAGCGAGGACGAGGAGCAGAGGGUCCGGCUGAAGGCGGACGUGGUCAUCAGCGCCUUCGGCUCGGUCCUGAGCGACCCCGCAGUAAAAGAAGCCUUGAGCCCCAUCAAAUUUAACAAGUGGGGUCUCCCGGAAGUGGACCCCGAAACGAUGCAAACCAGCGAGCCCUGGGUGUUCGCCGGCGGCGAUCUGGUCGGCCUGGCGAACACGACGGUGGAGUCGGUGAACGACGGGAAGCAGGCCUCCUGGUUCAUUCACAGAUACGUCCAGGCCCAGUACGGAGCGGCGGUCCCCGUGCGGCCCGAGCUGCCCCUCUUCCACACGCCCGUCGACCUGGUGGACCUCAGCGUGGAGAUGGCCGGGCUGAAGUUCGCCAACCCCUUCGGGCUCGCCAGCGCCACCCCGGCCACCAGCUCCGCGAUGAUCCGGAGGGCCUUCGAAGCGGGCUGGGCCUUUGCCCUGACCAAAACCUUCUCUCUGGACAAGGACAUCGUGACGAACGUCUCGCCCAGGAUCAUCCGGGGGACCACCUCCGGCCCCCUGUACGGCCCAGGACAGAGCUCCUUCCUGAACAUCGAGCUCAUCAGCGAGAAGACGGCAGCCUACUGGUGUCAAAGCAUCACCGAGCUCAAGGCCGACUUCCCAGACAACGUCCUGAUCGCCAGCCUCAUGUGCACCUACAACAAGGACGACUGGACGGAGCUCGCGCAGAUGGCCGAGGCCUCCGGAGCAGACGCGCUGGAGCUGAACCUGUCCUGUCCACACGGCAUGGGCGAGCGGGGGAUGGGCUUGGCCUGCGGGCAGGACCCAGAGCUGGUGCGGAACAUCUGUCGCUGGGUCAGGCAAGCUGUCCGCAUUCCUUUCUUUGCCAAGUUGACCCCGAAUGUCACCGACAUCGUCAGCAUCGCGACAGCCGCCAAGGAAGGUGGUGCCGACGGCGUCACGGCCACCAACACGGUCUCCGGCCUGAUGGGACUCACAGCCGACGGCACGCCCUGGCCGGCAGUGGGCGCCCAGAAGCGGACAACCUAUGGCGGCGUGUCUGGCAUCGCCAUCAGACCCAUCGCCUUGAGAGCCGUGUCCGCCAUCGCCCGCGCGCUGCCUGGGUUCCCCGUUCUGGCCACCGGUGGCAUCGACUCGGCGGAAAGCGGCCUCCAGUUCCUCCACAGCGGAGCGUCCGUCCUCCAGGUGUGCAGCGCGGUCCAGAACCAGGACCUCACGGUCAUCGAGGACUACUGCUCGGGGCUCCGGGCGCUGCUGUACCUGAAGAGCGUGGAGGAGCUGCAGGACUGGGACGGCCAGAGCCCCGCGACCGUGCGCCACCAGAAGGGGAAGCCCGUGCCGCGCAUCGCCGAGCUCGCCGGAAAGAAACUGCCCAGUUUCGGGCCCUACCUGGAACAGCGCAAGAAGAUCAUCGCGGAGCACAAGAUUAAACUGAAGGGGGAAGGCACAGCCCCUCCGCCCCCCGAGAGACAGCCCUUCGUCCUCAAGAAGCCCGUUCCUUCCGUCAAGGAUGUCAUCGGGAGGGCACUGCCGUACCUGGGGACCUUCAGGGACCUGAGCACCGUGGAGCACGUGGUGGCCCUGAUCGAUGAGGACAUGUGCAUCAACUGCGGCAAGUGCUACAUGACCUGCAACGACUCCGGCUACCAGGCCAUCCAGUUUGACCCCGAGACCCACCUGCCCAGCGUGUCGGACACCUGCACCGGCUGCACCCUGUGUCUCAGCGUCUGCCCCAUCAUCGACUGCAUCCGGAUGGUUGCCAGGACAACCCCGUACGAGCCCAAGAGAGGCUUGCCCUUGGCCGUGGGCCCGGUGUGCUGAGGUGAUUGUCGCGACCGCUGGGAGCCCCGAGGCCACUCACGCACACGUGCCUUUUUAUCGUGACCGUGCGGUCCAGCCCUUGCAAACCAGAGCAAACACCUAAUUUCCAGAUAGAAACCUCAUGUCUAUAUACAUUUCUAAAUAAUAAAAACACAAGUCGGCUACCAGUGACCAUUCACCGGGCGUAACAUCGGGAGAAGCAUUACAAUGCCGUGGCCAUGAAUGCCACCAUCUCCAAAUCGCCCUGUGCUGUGCUCUUUGGCUUCUAAUUACAAGUGAAAUUAAGGAUUUUAGAAGCAAGUACAAUUAACAUACAAAAAAUGUUUCCAAGGAAACGUUUUACGAUUAAAAAUUACACUUAAUUUUAACACCGUUUCUAAGCAAAUAUAAUUAGCUCCAGAAAGCGCAGGCGAAGAGAGGGAAAUCAUUUUUCGCAGUGCCAGGGGAGAAAAUAAAGCCAAAGGGGGUCUUCGGAAGCCCCUCUGCAGGUGCAGCUCCCUGGCGGUGGGAGCUGCCCAGUGCCGGCGUUUGGGGACCCCCGGCGCCACUCUGCCGUCGGCGGCCCAGGCCUGAGGCCGGCGUCCCUCCGCCCCCACCGGGGAAUCGCCGCGGCGUUCCUCUUUAAACAUUUACACUGUGCUCCCCACGAAACACAGAGUUUGAUUAGAGCCCGGGUGAAAGCCACUUGUUCGCUGUGCACAGAUCUGCUGUCUCUGAUUUUAAUAAUAACCUUCAUUACCGCAAUUAACCCCCUAACAACACCCACAUUACACAGCGGCGGGUCACGUGCCCGAGACGCGAGAAUGGGAAGUGCAUCGAGACGGCUCGGCCGUCUCCCUGUGAGUGUUUGUGUUGAGGCUCAGAAACCGUGGGGUGGAAAAGAAAUCUGUUUUUUCUGGGAUUGCCAAGCAGCGCUUCUGCGUCUCUCUGUGUUCGUGAUCAGACACGUAGCCCCGCACCCUUCCUGCGCCUCCGCUUCGCGGCACUUUUCCCAUGAGCUCGGAAGCAGUGCGUCUUUAGGAGCAGCCCGUGGCCCGCUGCUGUGACGAAUGCUGGGUGGAGAAGGCGUUUGAUUACGCACUUUUAGAGAUGAACGCUGAGCACAAAGUCUCUGUGAUGGAAUAGUAUCAAAUAAAAUUCCAUAAAGCACU